AUGGCGGACGACGAGCUCGACCCCGGGUACGCUGCCUUGCCUCAGGAGCUGCAGGCGCGCAUCGACGAUGCGUUCGACGAGGCUCUCCAGGACUCAGCCACCGACGCGGAGCCCGCUCACAAGCGCCGCAAGCUCGACCACCCUCCUGCACCCGGAGGUUUCAUUGCCGGCGGGUUCAUUCCAGAAGAACAGGCCGCAGGAGGAUUCAUUGUCGACGAACCUAACUCUGGCGGAGGCUUUGUGCGGGACGAAUCCCCGGCCGCGGGCGGUUUCAUCACGGACGCGGGCGAGAGGCAAACUCACAUCCCGUUCUCCCUCAUUCCGACUGCGCUGCAACUUCUAGAUCUACAACCGGACGAUGAGGACGUGCUCGCUGUGUUUAGGAACGCUGCUACUGGCUGGGGCGGCGGCGGCUCUGAAGGGGAAGAUGAAGACGCGCGGGUGAGCCGGAAGGACUGGCGUGCGGUCUGUGCCGCACUUCUGGAUUCUGGUGGGAGCGACGAAGAUGGAGAUGUGGACAUGGACGAUCGGUCAGAAGAAGCAGCGGAGGACGGGCUGGAGGAGGCCGCGUCCGACUCGGGCGAAGAGUUCGUGCAGUCCGAGUCUGGGGCGGAAGAGAGUGCGGAUGGGUCAGACGACGACUACGAAGAGGGCGGCGGGGGCUUUGUGCGGUCAAAGGGGGCGAAGAAGGGCGGGAAGGUGGCGACGGAGCGACAGGCGGCGCGCAAGACACGAUCAACAGCGGUCAAUGAAGACGGGGAAGCACGCGCGGGGCUGAGUGCGCGACAGAAGGCUGAGUGCCGUGCGGCGUUCGCGCUCUUCUUCCCGGACGUGAGCGAGGGCGAGCUCGGAAAGCAGCGGAUAGCAAUCAAGGACAUCACACGCGUGGCCAAGCUGCUCAAGGAGAAGGUCACUGCGGAGGAGACGGUGGAGAUGCUCGAGGCGUUCUCGAGUGCGCCGGACAAGACGAUGGGUCUCUCCGAUUUUGAGCGGAUGAUGAUCUCCGCAAAGCUGGCGUGA